GCAAGACAGGGUCGGUCACGAUGGCGCGGGAACUGGACCGGUUCUAUAUCGGUUGAACAUGGUUUUACGGACUGUUCGAUCAGUUCGGGGUGGAGUUUGGACUAAGGUAGGGAGGGGGAGAGAGGAUGUGAACCGGUCAGGGAAUUCAGCUGAGAAACUGGCUGCUGAGCUGCUUUGGCUGGCGCAGAAGUUGUCUGCUUGUGGGUUUGUAGAAGAGGCUGUUGACCAGUGGGCAUCAGCUUCAAAUUUGGCUUGGCUUUCUCUUUCAGCUGAGCCGAGGCUUCAAGGUUCCCUGGUUAAGGUUUCAGCGUUCUUAUUCAAACAAGCCAAGGAUAUGGGAUUCGAAGUGGAAAUGACUGAAGAAGGCAACAAAGAGAGCCACAGGCAAACAAAGAUGAACAUGCUAACGUCAUGGUUGCCAUUGCUGUGCAGAGCUAGCAAUGGCACUGAUGUGCCAAUGCUCAGAACAAGUGAAAGAGGUGAGCUAGAGAAGGUAUUGGAAGUGACCAUAGAAAAGCUAGAACAAGAAGAGCAAGAACAAGUACUCUCCCUAUGGCUUCACCACUUCACAUAUUGCCCAUCCUCCGAUUGGCCCAACCUUCUUGCCUCGUACGUUCGCUGGUGUACCACUUCUCGCAAGCUUUUGAUUCUCAAUUGAAGAUGUAAACUAGAAUAUCUUGU